AAAUUGAACUUGCUGGCUGUGAGCCAGACUGCGAGAUUAAUCUUCAUUGCAGAGUCACAUGUAUUGGCUGUAUACUCUCUCGAUAACCCUUCACAUCAAAUAGCAUUCAUAGGAUUGGACAAUAAUGAUUCGACAAUCAAUCAAAUUAGACUUGGAUUGAUUGAUGGCGAAGAAUGUUUGAUCACAGUGGACGAUGAUGGAUUCAUUCGUCUGUUCUUUGUAAAUGACUUGGACCGACAACCAUUGCGAUACUUUAACUCAUCAUCGACAUGGGGCAUUGCCAUGUGUCCGACCAAGCCAUUGUUUGCAGUCAGUGCCAAUAGUCAUAAUAUAACCAUUUGGGACAUGUCACGAGGCGAUCAAUGUCAUUAUUAUAGACGGACAUUGCAAGGACAUCGACACAACAUACCUUGCAUUGACUUUAGUUCCUGUGGCAACUUCCUCGUAUCGAUAUCCGUUGACAAUUGUAUACGUAUAUGGGAUGUCAACUCACAGCAGACCAUCACAAUGAUGCACCUCUCGCAAUGGGGUUGGGGAUGUCGCUGGAUGGAACUAUUCCAGGAUGAUCAUACCCAUACCACCACUCGAACAGACACGACAACAUGGAUUGGAAUGACACAUGAGCAAGAACAACAAGAAGUACAACAAGCUGCUGCAGAAGAACAACAACAACCACAGCAACAACAACAACUGGUGGUACAUAAUGAUAAUGACAUGGAGGAAGAGCAAGAGGUGGACGAGGAUCCGAAUGCUGAUCUUGAUGAUGACAAUGUUGAUGAAGAUGAUGCCGUGGAAGAAGAGGAGUUUGAAGACGAGGAUGAAGAGAUGGCAUAUAUAUUGGAACAACAAAGGAUAUUGAUUGAAGAGGUCAAGGCGAUGCAGAGUGAGGGCCAGGUCAGGUUCAAGUUGGUCAACGCCGCAGUCGCGCCAAAGGACAAGCCGCCAAGCCAUUUGGUAUUCACAACAUUCCAGAACCUAUACUUUAGUGAUGCAAAGUUGACCGAAGCCAUCAACAUCAACAAUCCAUCGCCGACGACCUUUCCCAUCGCCCAGACGCAGCUGGAGCGUGUGGCCAUGCUCGAGGUCAUCCCCGAGCUGUCACUCUGCGUAUGCGCAAGCCAAGGCCCAACCAGACAGGUGGCCAUCUUCAAGGUGAAGAGCAUCGACAAGGGCAAGCUCUGGAAGAACUUUGACAACUUUUACAGACGCAAGGAUGACUCAAAGGAGCUGAAGCUUGGGUUCAGCAUUGAGCAAGACAUGAUCGUGCUGCUGCCCGCCGGUGAACCAUCGAUCGUCGUAGGUAUGACACUGUGCCGUAACCAAAGUCCAACAUCGCCAUCACUAUUUAGUGUCUCACUCUACGUCCUGUAUAUUAAUGGAGUGCUCUGUUGUUAUAACAUACGCAAGAGAGACUCACAACUAGAUAUCCUAUCUUAUCAA